CUCCGCUCCCUGCUCCCCGUGGCGAAUGUGCUGCGCGGCGGCGGGUGCUUACGCUCGCGGGGUUUGGCUGUGGCAGGCAGGAGCUGGAAGGAGGCGGCGGCGGCAGCUGGGAGGAGGUGGUGACGGUGGCAACGGCAGCGUCGGGGACGAUGGCGCGACUGGUGGCAGUGUGCAGGGACGGGGAGGAGGAGUUCCCCUUCGAGAGGAGGCAGAUUCCCCUCUACAUAGACGACACUCUCACGAUGGUGAUGGAAUUUCCUGACAAUGUGUUAAAUCUCGAUGGACAUCAGAAUAAUGGUGCACAGCUAAAGCAGUUCAUUCAGCGACAUGGUAUGCUUAAGCAACAGGAUCUAAGUAUUGCCAUGGUGGUGACAUCACGCGAAGUCCUGAGUGCACUUUCUCAGCUUGUCCCAUGUGUUGGUUGUCGUCGCAGUGUGGAGCGCCUCUUUGCCCAGCUUGUAGAGUCUGGAAAUCCUGCUCUUGAACCCCUAACAGUAGGGCCCAAGGGAGUGCUGUGUGUAACUGGAAGCUGCAUGACUGAUGCAAAGAAGCUUUAUACAUUAUUUUAUGUACAUGGGUCCAAACUAAAUGACAUGAUAGAUGCUAUUCCAAAAAGUAAGAAGAAUAAGAGAUGUCAGUUUCACUCCUUAGAUACGCACAAGCCAAAACCUUUGGGAGGUUGUUGGAUGGAUGGAUGGGAACUAAUGUCACAGGAAUGCAGGGAUGAAGUAGUUUUAAUUGACUCGAGUUGUCUUUUAGAAACACUAGAAACAUAUCUGCGAAAACACAGGUUUUGCACUGAUUGCAAAAAUAAAGUCCUCCGAGCAUACAAUAUCCUUAUUGGUGAACUUGACUGCAGCAAAGAAAAGGGCUACUGUGCUGCACUUUAUGAAGGCUUGCGGUGCUGUCCACAUGAACGACACAUACAUGUUUGCUGUGAAACAGACUUCAUUGCACAUCUUUUGGGUCGUGCUGAGCCAGAGUUCACAGGAGGGUAUGAGUAUGUAAUUUGCUAGAAUGGGCUAUCUAGCGCUUUGCUUCAUUUUAUUACUGAAAGUUUAUUUUCAUCACCUUCUGUCUCAGUACAUAUGAUAUAUGUAUAAAUUAAAGUAUGCCUGUAAAGAUUUUGCUUCUCUUUAAAGUAUGCAUUUCUUAAUUGACUGAAAAUAGGGAAAAACUGUUCUCUGGUGUUUGGUUCAGUCCUCUGCUAGUUCUUGCUUGAAGGGAGGCAGGCUUUUUUAGCUUUCAUUGUUACAGACUAUCAUUUUCAUUUGAAAAUGAUUAGAAGGGAUUUUUCUCCCUCUAUCCAUGCAUUAUCGUGUGUAAAUUUUAUUCACAAUAAUGGUUUUUGCAUAAGUCAGAUCUUUGCAGUAGGGGAUUAAGAAAUGCCUUCUUGAAUGUAAUUCAUGAACUGUGUAUAUUAUAUUAUUAUUACUGCAUAGAAACCUAAAGUAUUAUCUCUGGCUUUGUUGUAAAAAUAAAAUCAGAUGAUGAUGUUAAUAGAAUAAAUCAAAUUCAUUUCCUUUUGUAUUUAGGGUAUCAACCCUCAUUUGGGUGCCUAUUUUCUACUAGAAUACAAAGGGCUUUUUUAUUGCCAAAGUUCUGUGAACACUUGUAAAGACUGGCCUGGUGGAGGACUCUUGCCCGUGAUGAAUCACUUUGGCAUUGCCUUUCUCCAUUCCUCCUCAAAACAAAAAACCUAAUGAAGGAAAAAAUGUUUUGCUAUAAUUGGAAAGUAAAAGGAACUGUUGUGUCUCCUGUGAGCUGGACACUUAUAUGUGAUUGCUUUGUGCCCUAAAACCCAUCUUUUUAGAGCCAGUUCCUGAAUUA